AAAUCAAUUUCGAGCAGAAAACAGUAAAGCUCACCAAAAAGGGGAUUAGGGUUAGGGUUUUGAAGCUUCAGCUGUUCCACUCAAUUGCGUUAACACUGCAAUGGAGGCCGUUGGAGAGAUUACCGAGGCUAUGAACAACGUCAACAUCAACAACUCCGAUUCGCACAAGAAGAACCGUAUUCAGGUCUCAAACACCAAGAAGCCCCUCUUCUUCUACGUCAAUCUCGCCAAGAGGUAUAUGCAGCAGUACAAUGAGGUGGAGCUAUCUGCCUUGGGAAUGGCUAUUGCCACAGUUGUCACAAUUGCAGAAAUUCUGAAAAACAAUGGGCUGGCUGUUGAGAAAAAAAUCAUGACAUCAACUGUUGACAUAAAGGAUGAUUCUAGAGGGAGACCAGUCCAAAAAGCCAAGAUUGAGAUAUUGCUUGGGAAGACAGCAAAUUUCGAUGACUUGAUGGCCGCGGCUGCUGAGGAGAGGGAACUUGCAGCAGCAGAGGCUGAGGAGCAAAGCUAAAAGAAGUUCCUUCAGUUGUUUGAGGCUUCUUUUGCAUCCUGUUUCAUGUACUCUAAAUAUGGUUAUGGGAAUAAAUUUUGCUUAAAUAUUUUUGAAUCGUAGAAUAUGUAUGAAGAAAGGCGUUGUAUGCAUGUAACUUCUUUUUGGUCCAUAUGUGUACUGCACCCAGUAUGAGAUUAAGGACUUUAACCUAUUGUUCUCUCUCUAUGUACUGUAUUUGGUUGGUAAGAUGGUUGUCAUAGCAUCCCGAAGUGACCAUGAAAUGAAAUCAACCAGGAUGAUGGGAGCCUUUCUUAGAUGUUUAGUUGGCUUUCUUCACAGAAGAGGUGGGUUUACAAAUGCUUUUGCGAUGAAGGUUUCCAUUUGAUGUUAGGAGAAAAGAGAUUUGAAACAAUCUGGGGGUUUGGAAGAAGAGACUUGAAAAUUUGGAUAAAUCUGGAUUGUAUCAUCAACCCGGGAGUUUUGGAUUGAUUGCAGAGUUCAUAUCGAUCCCCAUUCUGGGGAGUUCAAGUUGGUCCUGAUUCAAAUGUUAGUUUGAUAUUUGUCCACCCGUUAUAGUGAAGCUUAAAGACGACUUGAAAUACGAAGUUAAGGAGAAAGAAGCUGGUGAUCAGUUUACAGACGAGAAGGCUGUUCAAACUGCAGGGGAUCGCUAUCGUCUGGAGGUCGGCAUCACGGCAUGCAAAGCUGGAAGCAGGUACCAAGUCAAGAAGCUGCUCCACGUAGGUGACAUCGAGAGUAUGUGAGAGAAGUGGAGAGGGAGGACAAGAGAAGAGGGAAGGAGCC